AUUAUGGCGGCGUUGAGUGGCUGAAUAUUUCUGAUUUCCUUGGCAAAAUCAAGAAGGGUUUGGAGUUGCACGCUAUGUGCUUUGUUUUUAAAUCAGCGGUUGUGUUCCUUUGCAAAGAACGUUUGCGUCAAAAGAAGAAACUUAUGGGUGUCUCGAGUAAAAAUGCCCCCAAUGAAGUGGAAAUCAUACGCUACCAAGUGCUCAUACCAGUCACCGAGGUGCAAGUGCGCGCCUCUUCAGCAAAAGACAUGGACUCACAUUUCUUAUGGGAAUUGAUACACUUACGCUCGCAAUUGCAGCGCCGUUCCGAAAAGGUUUACGUGCUCUCGAACAGCACGGCAGACUUCCGUAACGCAUUCCUCAAAACCAUACGUCAGAUCAUACGCGAAAGUGUACGCAACAUGUCAAUUCCGAUGAAAGGAUUUGGUAGUUCCGGCUCAGUUUCGGGAAUUUCAUCGCAAGGUGGCGGUUCGGGUAGUUCCCAGACGCUGGAACGGCCAAAACAACAGAUAACAAUCAUUCAAGGCUCACAGACAUUAGGUAAACCCAAAAAGAAAUCCGGUUCGCAACGUCAUUCUGCCGGCAACAUCGACUAUGAUAAUCUCUCGGGUAGCCAAGAGGCUGACGAUGUGCCAAUGUUGCAUCAUCAGCAUCAGCAGCAGCUACAACCAACUGGUUUCCGAGGACGCAGUAAGACCGUGGGCGAUGCUAUAGACCCACAGCAGCAGCAUCAAAAGCAUAUGCAACACCAUCAACAACAAAUGCAUCAUCAUCAACAAAUGCAUCAGAGCGAUAUUGAGCGCAUGGAUCCGGGUACCAAAUCUGAAGGAGAAGAAGACUCCCAGCAGGGCACAAUCAAAGCGAAAGCUACGCUGGGUCGUACACCCAACCACUUGACUCUAAGGUAGAUAUAAUUCAUACCUUUU